AUGGAACAAUCCUCCUUUGGUUCGGAACUACACGACGAGCCUGAUGAUUUCAGCUUGAGGGAAUGGGCUCUCAAGGCGAAAAUCAGCCGAGAAAACACAAAUUCAAGACGAUUCUAUGCAUCGAAUUUUAAGAGCUUCCGGGAAAAUCAAACGUCGUUCAGAUCAAACGUGGCCAUUUCCAGCGUGGUUUCGUCCCCUGGCUACACCGUUCGAGAUGAGAUUAACCCUUCAACAUAUUCGUUCACAAAUGCCCUGAAAGCAUUACAAGCAAGAAGAAUGUAUAGUAAUACAUGGGAAUAUGUAUCAGCAGAUAAUGGAGGAUUAACUCUGAAUUCCAAAUGGAAUGAUGCAGAAAAAUACAUAUGCAAUCCUGUGUCAGGACAAGUUCCUUUGCAAUGCCUAUCAUCAAAAGCUCUAAGUGAAAGGUCAUCUCAAAGCUUGGUAACAAGCAGAAUUAAACAAGUUCCUUUAGUGAAUGCAGAGAAGAAAAGGAACACAACAAGACAUGUGGGCACCCAAAUCAAAUUCAGUUCCGAGAGUCCCAAUAUUCCAUCUCGAAUUCCUUCAUGUGAAGAAAAAUCAGCGAAGCCAAGUGAACAAGAAGAAAGUAGAGGGACACCUGUUAACUCCAAAAUACAGAAAUCAGAGGCUAAGCUUGGGCAGAAGGUACAAGAGAAAGAAACAGAAGACAAAAGAAUCGAGAAGAAAACGAUAAAGAAGGAAACCACGAACACGUGCAGCCAUGGACGAAAAGAAAAAGGAUGCCUUUCAUUCAUCAACGUUUGGCGACACAAAACGAGAAACCGAAACAAUAAUGCAAACUUGUCUAUCUUUCUUUGCCAUGUUAAUGCGUCCUUUCAUCAAUAA